UCCCCGCAGCGGCGCGCCAGGCGGCCAGAGGGAGGCCGAGGAGCCCAGCCGAGGGGCGGCGCCCCUUCUCCUCAGAGGAGCAGAUCUCAUAACCGAAACCUCUUCUGCGUGGAGACCAAGAUGUCCAGUUCGGCCCGGGACCACCUCCUUUUUGUGCGACGGCGCAACCCCCAGCUACGGUACACUCUGAGUCCGGAGAACCUGCAGAGCUUGUCGUCUCAGGGCACCAUGCCGGAGAAUGUGAACUUGCAGCGUGCCAACAGCGAUACUGACCUUGUUACUUCUGACAGCCGUUCUAGCUUGACAGCAAGCAUGUACGAAUACACUCUAGGACAGCCACAGAACCUCAUCAUUUUCUGGGAUAUAAAAGAAGAAGUGGAUCCUACAGACUGGAUAGGACUGUAUCAUAUCGAUGAGAAUUCGCCAGCAAACUUCUGGGAUUCCAAGAAUCGAGGCGUGACUGGGACGCAGAAAGGGCAAAUAGUUUGGCGAAUUGAACCCGGCCCCUAUUUUAUGGAACCUGAAAUAAAGAUCUGCUUUAAAUACUACCAUGGGAUAAGCGGGGCCCUGCGAGCAACGACUCCGUGCAUCACGGUGAAGAACUCGGCUGUGAUGGUGGGGGCUGAAGGGUCUGCUGGAGGUCAGCACAGCCGGAAACUGGUUAGCUUUACGCUAUCAGAUCUUAGAGCAGUCGGACUUAAAAAGGGGAUGUUCUUCAAUCCAGACCCGUACUUAAAGAUGUCUAUCCAUCCCGGGAAAAAGAGCACCUUCCCUACAUUUGCCCACCAUGGUCAGGAAAGACGCUCCACCAUCAUCAGUAACACAACAAAUCCUAUUUGGCACAGAGAGAAAUAUUCUUUUGUCGCGCUUCUAACGGAUGUCUUGGAAAUCGAGAUCAAAGAUAAAUUUGCCAAGAGUCGGCCAAUCAUCAAACGCUUUCUCGGGAAGCUCACGAUUCCAGUCCAGAGGCUGCUGGAAAGGAAUGCAAUUGGGGACCAAAUUCUCAGCUAUAACCUUGGCAGGAGGCUGCCGGCAGACCACGUCAGCGGCUAUCUCCAGUUCAAAGUCGACAUCACCUCUUCUGUUCACGAAGAUGCUUCACCGGAAACAGUGGGAACCUUGCUAGGGGUCAACUCUGUCAAUGGAGACUUGGGGAGCCCUUCUGACGAGGAGGACACCCCUGCUGGGCAUCACGACUUGCCUCCAGUUUGCUUGAACGGCCCCCUGUUUGAGGAAUCCUCCAGAGAGGGAACCCCACGGCAUUCCCUGAGGACUAGUGCCACUCUGGAAACAGAUCAAGAGGAUUUGACCUCUACAGCUUCCAGGUCAUCGCCCCCUAGAGGCCGCCAGGACUCGCUGAACGACUACCUGGAUUCUAUCGAUCAAAGUAAUCAUUGUAGGGCUGGGACUUCCGCUUGCAAUGAGCGUGUCAUUGGGGCCUCCCCGAAAUUAAGGAGUAGCUUCCCUACCGAUACCAGACUUAAUGCCAUGCUUCACAUAGACUCUGAUGAAGAGGAGCACGAAUUCCACCAAGGUUUGGGAUUCCAGUCGUCACUGGAUGAUGACGGGGGCUUAGUCAUGCUGGACAAUGCUAACAGAAAUGCUGAAGGAGAUUGUCUGAAUUGUUCGUCGAGCCAGGUUGAACAAAUCCAAGGCCCUGAGGAAGAUGGGGGAGCACCGGAUGUAGAAACCUCCUUACCUCCUUCUGAUAGCCAGCAAGAGCCCCUUCCGGGGCCUCUAGAGUCAGAGGUAGCAAUAGAAGAAACGGAAUCUCUUCCGGGUCCUCCAGAAGAUGGACCAGCAGAUCUGGUUGGAGUUGAAGUUUGUGCACCUCAGGAGGUGGAGCAGCCUGCGACUGGCUCGGACACGGGAGCUUCUGAGUCUUCUCCUGGAAGCAGAAGAAGCGUCCGGGAAGCUGAAUCUACUGACCAGGGGUCAGAACCGUCUCAGGUUUCAUCGGAAACGGAGCCGAGUGACCCUGCUCGCACAGAAAGCGUUAGCGAAUCGAGCACUCGGCCGGAAGGAGAGAGUGAUGCAGAAGGGGCAGACGGUUCGUGCAACGAAGCCGCCGCUCCCCGACUCUCCUCGGUGGAUACUCAGUGCUCUUCCUUCGAAAGUGCCCGGUUUUCAGAGACCCCGGCCUUUUCCUCCCAGGAGGAGGAAGAAGGAGCUUGUGCGGUGGACACUGCCAGCAGUGAACCUGCCGCAGAAGUACAGGAUGUAGUGUGCACCCAGGCCUCACUGCCCUCGGUACAUAUCCCGAGCACUCAAGAGGAAGGGCCGUCAACUGAAAUGGGGGGACUGCAAGAUAUUGACGAGGCUGAAGAAAUCUGGCAGAGGAGGAGGAGUCUGCAGGCUGCAGCCGCACGUAGCCAAUCACAGGAGGAGGAGGCUGGAGGGGCACAGGCAGCUUGUGAGGGGGCAGCAGCUUCAGAUGCUGAUGGUGCUAGCGGAGGCUCUCAAAGCAAUGGCCAUCAACCUCUGAGAUCGCUUCCCUCCGUUCGCCAGGAUGUCAGUCGCUAUCAGAGAGUGGAUGAGGCCUUGCCCCCAAAUUGGGAAGCACGCAUUGACAGUCACGGAAGAAUAUUCUACGUGGACCACGUAAACAGAACCACUACGUGGCAGCGGCCCACGGCACCCCCGGCUCCUCAGAUCCUUCAGCGUUCCAACUCUAUACAGCAAAUGGAGCAGCUGAACCGCCGGUAUCAGAGUAUUCGCCGCACUAUGACUAAUGAGAGGCCGGAGGAGCACCCGCACGCCAUGGACGGAGCUGGAGCUGGAGAGGACCCCGACUUCCAUCACCCCAAUGCAGAUUUCCGAAGGGAGAACGUGCUUCCUCAUUCUACCUCUCGCUCCCGGCUUACCCUCCUGCUCCAAUCUCCCCCUGUGAAAUUCCUGACCAGCCCCGAGUUCUUCACAGUGCUGCAUUCUAACCCUAGUGCCUACCGCAUGUUUACAAACAAUACGUGUCUGAAGCACAUGAUCACCAAAGUCCGACGGGAUACUCAUCACUUUGAACGCUAUCAACACAACCGAGAUUUGGUGGGCUUUCUGAACAUGUUUGCCAACAAGCAGCUGGAAUUGCCAAGAGGCUGGGAAAUGAAGCACGAUCAUCAGGGGAAGGCUUUCUUCGUCGACCACAAUGCCCGCACUACCACCUUCAUCGACCCACGGCUUCCUCUACAGAGCAGCAGGCCCACGAGCGCGUUGGUCCACCGGCAGCAUUUGACGCGGCAGCGCAGCCACAGUGCCGGCGAGGUUGGAGAAGACGCUCGUCAUUCGGGACCCCCAGUUCUGCCACGGCCAUCCAGUACGUUCAAUACAGUCAACAGGGCUCAGUACCAGGACAUGGUUCCUGUGGCGUACAAUGACAAGAUUGUUGCAUUUCUGCGACAACCCAACAUCUUUGAAAUUCUACAGGAACGACAGCCAGAUCUUACCAGGAAUCAUUCACUCAGGGAGAAGAUCCAGUUUAUCCGAACGGAGGGAACCCCCGGGCUGGUGCGCUUAUCCAGCGACGCAGACCUUGUCAUGUUGCUAAGUUUAUUUGAAGAAGAGAUCAUGUCGUACGUGCCGCCGCAUGCCUUACUCCAUCCCAGUUAUUGCCAGUCGCCACGAGGAUCCCCCGUGUCCUCACCCCAGAACUCUCCAGGGACUCAGCGUGCCAACGCCCGUGCUCCAGCUCCUUAUAAAAGAGAUUUUGAAGCCAAGCUGAGGAAUUUCUACCGGAAGCUGGAGACGAAAGGAUACGGGCAAGGGCCCGGGAAAUUAAAAUUAGUUAUCAGGCGAGACCACUUGCUAGAAGAUGCCUUCAACCAGAUCAUGGGCUACUCCAGAAAGGACCUGCAAAGGAACAAGCUGUAUGUCACCUUUGUCGGAGAGGAAGGACUGGACUACAGUGGACCUUCAAGGGAGUUUUUUUUCCUGGUAUCCAGAGAACUCUUCAACCCGUAUUAUGGCUUAUUCGAAUAUUCUGCCAAUGAUACCUACACUGUACAAAUAAGCCCCAUGUCUGCUUUUGUGGACAAUCACCAUGAAUGGUUCCGGUUUAGCGGCCGAAUCCUUGGCCUCGCCCUGAUCCAUCAGUAUUUGUUAGAUGCCUUCUUUACACGCCCGUUCUAUAAAGCCCUGCUCAGAAUACUGUGCGACCUGAGUGACUUGGAAUACCUUGAUGAGGAGUUCCACCAGAGUUUGCAGUGGAUGAAAGACAACGAUAUACAUGAUAUCCUCGAUCUCACAUUCACUGUAAAUGAAGAAGUCUUUGGACAGAUAACCGAGCGGGAACUGAAGCCUGGGGGUGCCAACAUCCCUGUGACAGAAAAGAACAAAAAGGAGUACAUCGAGAGGAUGGUGAAAUGGAGGAUUGAGCGAGGGGUCGUGCAGCAGACGGAGAGUCUCGUACGUGGCUUCUAUGAGGUCGUCGACGCCAGGUUGGUUUCUGUGUUUGAUGCAAGAGAACUGGAGCUGGUUAUUGCUGGCACGGCAGAAAUCGACUUAAGCGACUGGCGGAACAACACCGAGUACAGAGGAGGCUACCACGACAAUCACAUUGUUAUCCGAUGGUUUUGGGCCGCUGUAGAGAGAUUCAACAAUGAACAGCGGCUGAGGCUGCUGCAGUUUGUUACAGGCACAUCUAGUAUCCCUUAUGAAGGUUUUGCGUCCCUGAGAGGGAGCAACGGACCAAGAAGAUUCUGUGUCGAAAAAUGGGGGAAAAUCACCGCUUUGCCCAGGGCUCACACUUGUUUCAAUCGUCUGGAUCUCCCCCCUUACCCAUCAUUCUCCAUGCUGUACGAGAAGUUGCUGACGGCCGUGGAAGAGACGAGCACGUUUGGACUCGAGUGACACAAGGACAUUUGGACCAGUGAAACAAGCACAUUUGGACUCAAGGGCUCAGCACCUUGGACCUGUUUGGAUCCUCCUCAAAGAAUAUGUGAAUGUUUGGAUGGCAUUUUCCUAGAGGAAAAUCUGUUGUUGCAUUUUAAGGCACAGUGACUUGACAAACAACCAACGUGUGCUCAGGGAGGGCACAGCAAAAGCCACUAGAGUGCCCUAAAGCCAAGGUAUUCGGAGAAAACCAACAAUCCAGCAAUUGACUUUUUUUUGUUUGUUUUUUCCCGAACUUUUCAACAUUUGUGAUUGCAAGUGAAACGAAAAAGGAGAUGCGGCAGUGUGCGAUCAGCAGCAUCAGGGCUUCUGCAGAACUUUUACAAUCUCAGAAAUGGAUCCCCAUCCCCCAAUACACAACAAGUACUUGAAAAUGGACGAAGGCGAACGUUUAUCAGCCCACCGCUAAACUGUAGGAAGCCGAGUGCAAAAAUACUGGCCUUUUUCUAUUUCGUUGUUAAUCCGGUAGAAGUUAUUCCCCGAGGGUACACUACUUUACGUCAUAUACAAUACAAAUAGUAUCAAUAUGCUAUACAUGCUAGACCUAAGCCUAUGAGUGCCUGCAUGUGGUGCACCAUAGAGAUCAAUGUUCCAGGGCUCAUGAAGAAUAUUGAGGACUGUUGGCAAUAUGGGGCGGCGACCGGGUGGCAGCUCGUACAAAUGCAUAUGCGGACAAUGUGUUCCCCAAGAGAUAAACCGCUAUAAGAGAAUCCAAUAACGAUGGGUUUUAUGCUUUAUACUGCAUGAAGAGUGUUUUUUAAAUGAAACAAACUAGACUUAAAACACAACAUAUCAGGAAAAAGGAAAAAAAAAAAACCUCUUACAUUGACUACUUUUGUUUAUUUUUAUAGGCUCACGCGAAUUUGUUCCUUAGAGUGUAGAUACGAGAAAUCAGCGAGCAAGAUACUCUUUUGUUCUUUUCACUUUGUCCAUGCUUAAAUAGGUAUUGUUCUUGUGUUUUGAUUCUUUCAGCACUCUCAAGGGAAAUAAUAAUAAUAUAAUAAUAAUAAUAUAUAUACAUAUAUGCCUUUUAUUUUUAUAAGGGUAAAAAUAUUCCUGAAACUAUUUUUUUGCACUGAUUGUACCAAAGUCAAAGGGGACAUUUGCGAUCUGACCGGCAGGAAACAGCAUCAUGCAUCCAAAUCGACAGGAACGAGCCGUUCUAGGACUGAGCUGUCUUCACAGUGCCAUGUCUGUCGAUCAUAUCAGGACAGUGCACACUCAGUAAUAAUUUUUUAAAAGAUCACUGCGCGUAAUACUGUGUGAUAUGCAUUUCUUUCGGAUGUGUUUUAUUCCCCUCUUGCCCCCCCCCAAUUGAUCAACUAACUUAAUGUAACAGAGUUGAAUAGAGAUGUUUCGUAUUUCUCCCCUGCAACAUCUUUUUAUUUGUACAGCACAAUUAAAAGCGCUACAGCGGACCUGGAGAAAGAAGACGGCCAGCGUCGGAACCGUGGCUUAGUACUGACUCUGCUCGCGUUUAGAGGUGAAACCAUCUCUGAGACGUACACUGCUUGUAGUGUCCUUUUAAAAGCCUGCAUUUUCACGAGUGAUUUCUUAUCAAUGUUUAUUAAAAUGAACUACUUUUUUACAGUAUAUUUGAAAAGCAUGAAUCACCAUGUCAAAUAAGCUUCCCCCACCCCACACUUUAAAUUUUAGAAAGAUAUAUAUAAACGUCGUUUGAUUCUGUCCCUCCCAAGGAUCUCUCACAGUCGAGGGCCUCUUUGACGUGUCGCAACAGGAACGGUUUGUCUUCCUCCACUGUACUGACUUGACAGCAACUUUCUAGGUUCUCUGGCUAAUAGUCUUAACACACAGUCCUUCAAUUAGAGAUUCCAGGGGUUGUGCCCGGGAAGGUUCUGCACUCAAAAGGUUCUGCCGCUGAGUCACAAACCCUCCCUCCACACGGUGCCCAAUGUAUUGCAAGCCCUGGCACUGAGAGACAGAGCUGAAAUGGGGAGUGACCUCAGAGUUUCCAUCCACGUGGCCGAUGUAUGACUCACGCAUGCUCUUCAUACUAGUCACCGUCGUGAGAAAAGCCUCCUACUCACCUGAAGCUUGCCAUAAUGGCAAUAGCAGUGGCUUAAAGGGAAGACGUGCUUUUUUUGUACCUUUCUUGUCGGCAAGAUAGGCCAAAGUUGGGGUGGAGAACAAAGCUGGGAAUAGGCCAAGGUCAGCCAGAAGGAACGAGUCCUGCCGAAAACAACCUAAUUAAUGAAUACGGUAGAGUUUCAUAAAUAGAACCUUGUCCACCUCCCACUGGUCCUUUUCCAAAGCGAUGCAAGAAAAUAAGCAGUGCUCUGUAACUGCUUGCCCAUUGGCCCGGAUAUUAAAACCUCUGGUAAAAUAUGUUUUAUCAGGAAGCUGGGAAACAAAAGGGACAGCCCACCUUUCAUCGGGACAUUCAACUGAGGAUAAUAUGAGAUAAGAGGACGAUGUUGCUUGGAUAGGUACUGAGGAAGUUAGUUUUAAAACAUUAUUUCAGUAUAUCAGUACUAAAGAAGACCCAAGAUGGAGACCCGCGUGAGGAGAUGGUAGGCAGGAAGGAAAGUUGUGCGCACGUAGGGGGAGAUUUUACUUUCUGUAUCUGGUUAACUGAACUCCGUCAGAUUUUGUUAAAUCUCCUCCUUUAACUUUGGGUAUAUUAAUAUAUAGGAAUUCAUCCAAUUUAACACCGGUCAUUAUUUGACAUGGGGAGAUGUUUUUCUUUUCUGUCGAGGUGUGUUCAAAGUCCGCUUUUGUAAAACUGAAAACUAAUAAAUGAAUUCAUCAAUUUUUUUUUUUAAAUUAAAAA